GCCAUUUGAAAAGAAGCAUGUGUCCCACCAGGAUGCCUAUGAAGUGGAUUUCAGUUCUGCUGCUGCUACAGCUGAGUGGUCACUUCAGCCCUGGGAGUUGUGGAAAGGUGCUGGUGUGGCCCACAGAAUACAGCCACUGGAUCAACAUGAAGACCAUCCUGGAUGCACUUGUCCAGAGAGGUCAUGAAGUGACUGUUCUGACAUCUUCAGCGUCAAUUCUUGUUGAUCCCAAUAAACCAUCUGCUAUUCAAUUUGAAGGUUUUCCUACAUCUUUGACAAAAGAUGAUUUUGAGGAUGUUUUCAAGCAGAUGAUCUCUAAGUGGACAUAUAUGCCAAAAGAUACAUUUUGGACUUAUUUUUUACUAAUGCAAGAUAUCAUUUGGGAAUAUACUGAUUGUGUUCAAACACUAUGUAAAGAUGUAGUUUUGAACAAGAAACUUAUGACAAAGCUACAGGAAUCAAGGUUUGAUGUCAUUCUUGCAGAUCCUGCUGGACCCUGUGGUGAGCUGCUGGCUGAGCUACUUAAAAUACCUUUUGUGUACAGUCUCCGCUUCUCUCCUGGCUAUACAAUUGAAAAGUAUAGUGGAGGACUUCCAUUCCCUCCAUCCUACGUACCUGUUGUCUUGUCUGAAUUAAGUGAUCAAAUGACAUUCAUGGAGCGAGUAAAAAAUAUGAUGUACGUGCUUUAUUUUGAUUUCUGGUUCCAAGCAUUUAGUGAGAAGUGGGAUCAGCUUUGCAGCAAAGCACUGGGAAGACCCACUACAUUAUUCGAGUUAAUAAAAAAAGCUGAAAUAUGGCUUAUUCGAACCUAUUGGGAUUUUGAAUUCCCUCGCCCACUCUUGCCACAUUUUCAAUUUGUUGGAGGUCUCCACUGCAAACCUGCUAAGCCUCUGCCUAAGGAAAUGGAAGAUUUUGUCCAGAGCUCUGGAGAAAAUGGUAUUGUGGUGUUUUCCCUGGGGUCAAUGGUCACUAACAUGACAGAAGAAAGAGCCAGUGUGAUUGCAUCAGCCCUUGCCCAGGUUCCUCAAAAGGUUAUAUGGAGAUAUGACGGCAAAAAACCAGAUACCUUAGGGCCAAACACCCGGCUCUAUAAAUGGAUCCCCCAGAAUGACCUUCUUGGUCAUCCAAAAACCAAAGCCUUUAUAACUCAUGGUGGAACCAAUGGCAUCUAUGAGGCAAUCUACCAUGGGAUCCCUAUGGUGGGCCUUCCUAUGUUUGCGGAUCAACCUGAUAACAUUGUUCACAUGAAGACCAAGGGAGCAGCUGUCAGAUUGGACUUCAACACUAUUUCAAGUACAGAUUUGCUCAAUGCAUUGAAGACUGUCAUUAAUGACCCUUCAUAUAAGGAGAAUGCUAUGAAAAUAUCAAGAAUUCAUCAUGACCAGCCUAUGAAACCUCUAGAUCGAGCGGUCUUCUGGAUCGAGUUUGUCAUGCGCCACAAAGGAGCCAAACAUCUUCGGCCAGCCGCCCAUGACCUCACCUGGGUCCAGUACCACUCUUUGGAUGUGAUUGGGUUCCUGCUGGCGUGUGUGGCAACUGCUACAUUUGUCAUCACAAAAUGUGUUCUGUUUUGUUGCCAGAAGUUUUUUAAAACAGGAAAGAAGAAAAAAAGAGAGUAGUUCUUUCAGAGGCCUGAAGCUGAUAUGCCUCGUAGAUAGGACUCCUCCACUUUAUUCUAGCAAGAAGUUGCAAUGUAAGGGUUACUAUCUCCUGAGACGACCUUACUUUUCACAAUUUAGCUUCUCAGAUAAAAAUUUGUUUUCAAGUGACUACCUGGUUAAGAGUUAUAAAUAUGUCAUGCCAAACAUAAAAACUUAUCAAAAAUAAAGCCAUAUGAAUAUAUUUUUAAAUCUGUUAUUCUAAUUGCAAAGUUAUACCAAAACAUUAGCUUAACUGUGUUUCAAACAUUACAUAUGAACACAAGAACAUUAAGUAGUCUAUUCCUAUAUUAAUAUUAUUUUGCAAAUAGGAAAAGUCAUUUCUGUGUGUAUGGUAGGGUUGAUUGACUAAGGAGUUGAAAUCACUGUUUACAUUUGCAUUAUUUAAUUUUGAAGCUUUACAGAGUGAACAAAUGCAUAUUUAAUUCUUUAGUGCUUAAAUUAAUGUUUAUGAUUCUGAAUGUACUGAUGUAAUAUUAGAGAUAGAAGUCUACCAUACAUCUACACAAUGGAAUACUAUGCUGCUAUAAAAAAGAAGGAAGCUUUACCAUUUCCAACAACAUGGAUGGAACUGGAGAGCAUUAUGCUAAGCGAAAUAAGCCAGUAGAGAAAGAUAAAUAUUACAUGAUCUCACUCAUGUGUGGGAUAUAAUGAUCAACAUAAACUGAUGAACAAAAAUAGAUCCAGAGACAAAUGGCAGGGGAGUGAGCUGUUAGAGAUCAACCAAAGGACUUGUUUGUAUGCAUAUUAGCAAAACCAUAGGACACAGACACUGGGGCAGUGGGGGCUUGCUCUCUGGGAUGGGAGUGGCAGGGGGGGUGUUAAUCAGGGAAAAAAGAGACAUAUGUAAUACUUUAAACAAUUUAAAAAAACAGUGGUAUAUCUACACAAUGGAAUACUAUGCUGCUAUAAAAAAAAAGGAACUCUUACCCUUCACAACAGCAUGGAUGGAACUGUAGAGCAUCAUGCUAAGUGAAAUAAGCCAGUUAGAGAAAGAUAAAUAUCACAUGAUCUCACUCAUUUGUGGAAUAUAAUGAACAACAUAAACUGAUGAACAAAAAUAGAGCGAGAGGUGGGAAAAAUAUUUUAGAAUAUAAUAAAAGUAAUCUGUUAUUUGCAGAUUUUAAAUAUUUUCUGCAACUUUUGUAAUAUUCCACUAUGUUAAUAUAGUUUUGGUAAUAUUAUUAUUCUUAAAAUUCUUUUUUCUUAAAAAAUUAACAUUUAUUGCAUGUAUUAUUAUUAUAUUUAAGACUUAAAAAAUUAACAAAUCAAAUAAAAAUAAAAAGAU